AUGGGGAUCCCAGAGAGGAGGAGUAUGAGUGGCAAGCUGAGCAAUAGAGUAGCUGUGGUCACCGGGUCCACUGAUGGGAUUGGCUUUGCCAUUGCCCGGCGUCUGGCCCAGGAUGGUGCCCAUGUGGUUGUCAGCAGCCGGAAGCAGCAGAAUGUGGAUCGGGCAGUGGCCAUUCUGCAGACGGAGGGACUGAGUGUGACGGGCACCGUGUGCCACGUGGGGAAAGCUGAGGACCGGGAACAGCUGGUGGCCACGGCCCUGGAGCACUGUGGAGGCAUUGAUGUCCUGGUGUGUAAUGCAGGCGUCAACCCUGUGGUAGGGAGCACGCUGGGAUCCAGUGAGCAAGUGUGGGACAAGAUCCUCAGUGUGAAUGUGAAGGCCCCCGCCCUGCUGCUGAGCCAACUGCUGCCACACAUGGAGAAGAGAGGGGGUGGCAGUGUCAUUCUGGUCUCUUCUAUUGCGGCUUACACACCAUCUGUGGAACUGGGUGCCUAUAAUGUCAGUAAGACUGCUCUUCUGGGUCUCACCAAGACACUGGCAUUGGAGCUGGCCAUGAAGGGCAUCCGGGUAAACUGCCUGGUUCCAGGAAUGAUCAAGACUAACUUCAGUAAAAUGCUCCACAAAGAUGAGGUUUUCUGGAAACGAUUUAAGGAAAACCAGCGACUGCAGAGGAUCGGGCAGCCUGAGGACUGUGUGGGACUUGUGUCCUUCCUGUGCUCCCCAGAGGCCAGCUACAUCACUGGGGAGUCCAUCGUGGUGGCUGGCUUCUCCCCGAGGCUCUGA